ACAUGUUUAGCUGUGACUGUAAAUUAAUGUCAUAACAGAGUGGAUUAUUCUUUGAACUGUAAACGGACCUGUUCCUUCUCUGAUCUUCAAAGUACAGAGACUGUGUUUUUUACUGUUAAUUCUAAACUGCAGCAGCUGCCUUCAUUUUCCCUGAAAACCACAGUUUGUGCUGCUAAAGGCUGAAAUAAAGAAAGAUGCAUCUGGAGGCACCUGAGACAUUUGAUGAUAUUGCUGUCACAUUUACGAAAGAGGAAUGGAGGAUAUUAACCAAAAAUGAGAAGCAACUUCACAAGGAAGUAAUGACUCAGAAUUAUGAAAACAUGGUGUCAUUAGAUCAAAGUACCCAUUUCUUGUUCACUUGCUCUCCUAAGAGUCUCAUCCAACUCAGAGUGACCCUGCUAACAGUCACUGCUACCAGCAGAGUUUUCAAGGCAAAUGGGGGAAAUGGAAGAUAUAACAUUCCAUUGGAGACACUGUUGUAUCUCUUUCCAGAUCAGUCAUGUCGACCAAAUAACUUGGUGGGGGUGGAUGCUACACAGCCGAAGGAAAAACAUGACGAUAGCACCUGCAUUGGCAGGAAGAGUAAAUGGCAACAACAUGAAUUACCUGAAUCUUCCAUUCAGAGCUGUAUUGUACCAGGCUAUUGUUCCUGUUACCCAAACCAAAUUACUUCCUCCAAUAUGGAUAGUGUGGGAAAGACUUGUAAAACAGAGGAGCAGCCUGAGUAUGACAACAGGAAGAUUUUAAGCAAGGAAAGUGAUGAUUGUGAUGAGAGUCUCAGUAAACAACAAAAAGUUACAGUAAAAGGGGAUAUCAAAAAUAAGGAUGAACAUGCUUUGGGUGACUGCCAUUUUUCCCAGAGCUGUAGGUUAACAUAUCUACAGAGUAACUCCAGAGAAGGAGUAUAUAAAUGUGGUAAAUAUAACAAUUAUGAUAACAAGAGAGACCUGAUGAAUCAUCAUAAAAUGCAUUCCAGUGACAGGCAGUAUAGAUGUGUUGAAUGUGACAAGUGUUUUAUCUGGAAGGUUAAAUUGUUGUCUCAUCAGAAUAUUAAUUCAAAAGAGUUGCCUUACAAUGGUAUUGGAAGUGAUGAGUCUUUUUCUCAAAGGAAUACUAUUAAAGUUUAUCAGCAAGGGCAUUCUGGAGAACUGCCAUAUAGAUGUUCUGAAUGUAGUACAAGUUUCACCUGGAAGAGACAGUUGAUAUCCCACCAAAGGAUUUACUGUGAACAGGCAUCAAAUAAGUGUACUGCAUGUGAUAAACAUUUUUCUCAACAAGUUCAUAAAAAAGUGUAUUCUGGAGAAAAACCUUACAAAUGUUCUGAGUGCUCCAAAUGUUUUUACAAAAAGUGUUCACUGGACAAUCAUCAGAAACCGCGUUCUGGUGAAUAUUCAUGUGCUGAGUCUAGCAUGUAUUUUAUCAGAAAAUGCAGAAAGAAAAAAAAUCAAGUUCACUGUGGAGAAGGAGCAUACCGAUGCCUUGAAUGUGGCAAGGUCUUUGUUUGGAAAAAAAACUUGAUUCAGCAUCAGAGAAUUCACACAGGAGAGAGACCAUAUAAAUGUACCGACUGUGCUGAAAGCUUUGUUGUAAAGUCUGCCCUGAUACAGCAUCAAAUCAUUCACUCUGGUGACUCCCCAUUCAAAUGUACAGAAUGUAACAAGAACUUUGUAAGUAAGAGUGUUCUAAAAGUUCAUCAAGUGCUUCAUUCUGGACAGAUACCAUAUAAAUGUACAGAAUGUGGCAAGGGUUUUACCCAAAAGUACAAUCUGACACGUCAUCAGAAAAUACAUUCUGGAGAUUACCUGUACAAAUGUACAGAGUGUAAUAUGAGCUUUGCCUGGAAGUGUGUCUUAAGAAAACAUCAGCAAGUUCAUUUUAGAGAGAGGAGAUUUAAAUGUUCUCAGUGUGACAAGAGCUUUCGUCGAAAGAGUAGCCUGAUUUUCCAUGAAAGAAUACAUACUGGGGAGAAACCAUAUAAAUGCUCAGAAUGCAGCAAGAGCUUUUCCAGGAAACGGGGCCUAAUUUUCCAUGAAAGAAUUCAUAGUGGUGAGCGUCCAUAUAAAUGUUUAGAAUGUGGCAAGAGUUUUUUCCAGUCAGGGCACUUAUUAGCACACCAAGGAAUGCAUUCUGGAGAGAGACCUUACAAAUGUAGUGAAUGUGGCAAGGGUUUUGCCCAAAAAUAUAAUCUUAUAAGUCAUCAGAAAGUGCAUUCUGGGGAGGGUCUGUAUAAAUGUACUGAAUGUAACAUGAGUUUUGCUUGGAAGCAUGUACUAAGGCAGCAUCAACAAGUUCACUCUGGAGAAAGGCCAUACAAAUGUGCUCAAUGUGAUAAGAGCUUUCCUCGAAAGAGUGGCCUAAUUUUGCAUGAAAGAAGCCAUACUGCAGAGAAACCAUACAAAUGUUUUGAAUGUGGCAAGGGUUUUCAUGAAACAAGAAACCUAAAAGCCCAUCAAAGACUACAUUCUGGAGAAAAGCCAUACAAAUGUACUGAGUGUUCCAAAUGUUUUCAUGAAAAACGUUCUCUGGCAGAGCAUAUGAAAGUGCAUUCUGGACAGGGUCUGUAUAAAUGCACUGAAUGUAAUAUGCGGUUUCCUAGAAAGCAUAGAUUGCUAAAACAUUUACAUGUUCAUUCUGGAGAAAGACCAUACAAAUGUUCUCAAUGUAACAAGGGAUUUGUCUGGAAGAGAAGCUUGAUACAGCACCAACGGAAUCACACAGGAGAGAGACCGUAUAAAUGUACUGACUGUGACAAAAGUUUCUUUUUAAAGUCUAUCUUGAAACAACAUCAACUCACUCACACUGGGGACUCGCCUUUCAGAUGUACAGAGUGUAAUAAGAAUUUUGUUAGCAAGGGUGCGCUAAAAGUUCAUCAGGUACGUCAUUCUGCAGAUGCACCAUAUAAAUGUACUGAAUGUGGCAAGGGUUUUCCCAACAAGUCUCUAAUGUUACAGCAUCAGCAAGUACAUUCUCACGAGAAGCCAUUUAAAUGCACUGAAUGUGGAAAAGGUUUUGCCUGGAAGAACAGCUUGAGGCAGCACCAACGAAUUCACAUUGGAGAUCGACCACAUAAAUGUAUUGAAUGUGGCAAGGGCUUUCUCCAUAAUCAUCUAUUGAUAGCUCAUCAACAAUUGCAUUCUGAAGCAAGGCCAUAUAAAUGUACUGAAUGUGGUAAGAGUUUUAUUAAUCACAGUACUCUGAAAAAUCAUCAGUUAGUACAUUCUGGAGAAUUGCCGUAUAAAUGUACUGAAUGUGAUAAAGGUUUUGGCUGGAAAUGUCAGUUAAAACGUCAUCAACUAAUUCAUUCCCGGGGGAAACCAUAUAAAUGUCCCGAAUGUAAAAAACCUUUUAAUACAAAGAUGAGCUUAAAAGAACAUGAAAGGGAGCACUCUGUAGAAAGAACUUACCAGUGUACAGAAUGCACAAAGAGUUUUCUUUCAGAGGGAAGGUUGAUAACACAUCAGCAGAUACACUCUGGAGAAAGAACCAAAUAUCACUGUUCUGAAUGCAAAAAGUCAUUUUCCAGAAAAUCCUUUUUGGAAGAACAUCAUUUGGUUCACACUGGACAGAAACCAUUUCAAUGCAGUGAAUGUAGCAAAAGUUUUGCACAAAUUAGAGCUCUGAGAAGUCAUCGUCAGAUUCAUGCAAAGAAAGAAGCUGCAUAGAUUUAUUUUACAAGUGGCAUCUCAGUAUGUGUUGCAGCUUCAUGUAAGACACCAGCAUGGCUCAAAAGCAGUAUUAAUUUGAUGAAUUUAAACUAUAUCAUCUCUCUAGAAUUUGGUCUAAUACUGCUAAGCUUUGUAUAAAUGGGAAGGCCAGUAACAGUGGUGAAUGCAACAUGGAAUUUCCUAAAAAGAAGCAUUUAAUUGCUCAUCAAAGUAGACAACUCGAGGUAACUGUAAAACAGGAAAACAAGUAUCAUUGCAGAACAAAUGCCGAUAAGGAAGGAGCAGAACAACUAGGCAAAAGGAAAUAGCUCACUGGAAACUUCUAGAAAGGCGUGCUUUUAAAAGAAAAGCAGUGUGGUGUAGUUGGAUUUUCAGUAUAUGUGUGCAUUUGUGACUGUGACUGUAAGUUUGUAAGCACAUACACUGGCAUGCAUGCACGCACAUCACUGCAGUAGUGCAGCAGACUGUACUUCAGUGGUUUAUCCUUCACCUGCCAAGAGGUAGUCCAGAAGCAUACAAAACCUCCCACUUAGUGCUAGAUGAUAGCCAGAACGACUCCCUGUCACUUCACUCUCCUGAUAUCCUCAGAAGCAAGAGAGGAGGCAGAGCAAGCGAUCCAACAGGGUACAAUGACUUAAAGAUCACAGGCAUAUGUGGCAAAAAAACACACCAGGGAAAAAGGAUUAACAACAAAGUAAAUAAAAAUCUCUAUAGAGGCUGAAAAUAGCAGUACAGAGAAAUGUUAAGGAAAAAUAGAACAUGAGCAAUUUUGGGAUGACCUCCAAAAUGUGUUAUGGUGGAAUUGAAAAUGAAGACAGUAACAGGAAUAACACCACCAAAAACUAGUAAAUUCCAGAAGGAAAAACACGUGAGCACCAUGUUGAAGCUGACAGGAAUAUCAAAUGUGUAAGAGUUAAUCAUCACAAAUUCCAGUAGAGGUAGACAGGAUGAAUUUAAGUAACCACAAGUUUGUUUUUGACUGGCUAGAUGAACUUGAUCUUCAUAGUCUGCAUUUUUGUUGCCAUGAUUAUGCCACAAAGGUCGAGGUAAAUGUAACAUACAUGGACAGAUAUGAGCUGACAGUCAUCCAGCAUUAUUUGUGCUUAGAAGAAACUGGAGUAUCCAAAGAAAGCCCACUCAAGUUAAUGAAUGUCAGAAUUCAAUUCCAAAUCCCGGAUCUGCAGUGCAGAAACUUUAUCCAGUAAGUCAGUGAGACAGAGACAAGUUAAGAAAUGUCUCACUUGUAAAAUCCAAUAGCCAGGUAUCCAUGUAUUAUACCUGACUUUUGUCUAAACAGUAGCACCUGUACACCAUGAUUUAACACUGAGUAAAAUAUAUCUGUAUGCCCAUACAACCUGGUUAAUAGUGGAGAAACGAUACUCUUCUUUAAAAGUGGACCAUCAUCCCAUCCUGAUAAGAAUUCCAUCUAUAAUUAUCUUCCAAAAAAAUAAAAGUUGCAUACAAAAAUUAAUAUAGAUGGAAUAUACAGUCAUUUGGAUAAAAAAAAAAACAUUCAUUGCAAUAAAACAAAACAAAGUAAUACAAGGAAAUCAUAUUUUUGCUUUAUUUUAUGUGUUUGUUGACAGGGGUAGACCCUGAUCCUCAAGGAUCAUUUGCAGGCUCAGCCUGGGGUUUACCACCAGUAGAGGAAAACAUUAAACAAUAUUAUAUAGUUAACAUGUAUGAAUGAGGAUUUACAUUUACAGCUUGUACAUUAAAUAUACAGUAGAAAUAUUUUACUAAACAUAGCCAUAAUUGAGAGAUGCAAAAAGGAAUAGAAUCUCUUUGUGGAAUAAAUGCAUAAAAAAAUGACGAUUCGCUUUCAUAGAUUAUAGAAAUAGUGGCAGAUGAGCAACAUAUAUUGUUUAUUAGUAAAGUAUGUUCUACUUACUUUGACAAAGUUGUAAACUACUUUAUUGUAGAGCUUUAAAAGGCAUAAUACCAUUCCAAGUAUGGGAGUUCAGGAAAGAUAUUCCAUGGUAACUAUCACUUCUGUUUUGUCUGGUUUUCAGCCCAUUAAAUUUAACUUACAUUAGAUUAUGAAUUACAGUCCAGCAAAUAAAACUGUUUAGUCGAAUCCUGCCUUCUUUUUUGUUGAUGCACUCAAACUGUAUAGCUUACCUGACAUAUAACUUAAAGUACAAGUACGGCUAGUUAAUUUUUUUGGAUAAUGUAAGAGGUCUGUGAUGAACCAUUGUGUGAUGUUAUGGAGAUGUAAAUCAUCCUAACAGAAAUUUCUAAAGAAAAUGAAGUUGUAAGCACAGCUCAUACUUCAAAAUCCUGCAGUAAACAUACAAGCAAAUAUAUAUUUGGAAAUUAAACCAGAGAGAGAAAGUAAGAUUAUUUGUUUUUCAAACCUGGGGUUAGAUGAGUUACAGUUGUUCUAAGAUGUUGGUUUAGAUUCAUGGAUACUUCCAUGAGCAUAGGUUAGUACUAGGCUAACUGCUCUUGUGAGCCAUUUUAAGCUUAGCCAAUUAUCCCUUGUGAGAUUCAAACCCUGUAUCUUGUGUUUGUAAGGCAAACACUUUAACCAUUAGGCCACCCUCCCAACCAACCACUGAGUCUUCUGACCAUUAUCAUCUUGUCAGAACCCUCUCUUUGAUUUGCUUAGAGAAAACAGAAGUGGACAAAGUAUUACAAGAUAAGGAAUUAACACUAGAAUAAUUGACUCCCAAAACAAGGACAUGAGAUUUUAAAAAAAGGGCUGGAUGCAGUAUAGUGUAUGAAAAAAGUUGUACUAAUGUGACUACUGAAACUUCAGAUGUAUUCGAAGAGACGCAUAGGUACAGAUAAGAGUAUGAUAAAAUGUAAAAGAAACAGAACAACAAAGAUGGGAAAUACAAUGAAAAGUAAUCCUUUUACUAGUUUAUAAAAGCAGCAGUUAUAACAUGAUUUUAAUGUCAAUGUUAAGGAACCGAGUGCUUGAUAUGUUAUUAAAUAAUUAAUUGCCUGACACAUUUGAAAAUAAUUAAUUACGCAACACAUCUGAUAAAAAGAAAGUAAAAUGUUCAAACUGCAUUUUGUAACUCAUUUCCAAAAUCUUUAGUAAGAGAAUAAUUUGUAAACUUGGGUGGGAUCACACAAAGAGGAGCAGAACAUAUAAAUUACAGAUGGAAAUUGUCAGUCAAGAAGAAAAUACUUUGAAUAUUUAAGUUAUUUAACAGACAUUGAUAGGCAGAUUAAUAUAUAGUAAAAUCAGAUACUUAUAGGCAAAGUAAGCACAGCGAGCAUUUAAAAUAAACCAAAUCGUACUUUAUUUAGGUAAGCACUUUCACCACAUCAACGUGGCUUCCUCUGACCUUAGUGACAUACAUUUGAAAGAUUAUUCACUGUCUUUUCAAACUGUUGCUAGCAUGAUUAUUAGCUUGAAUAAAAGCUGCAAGAAUAAUAUGAAAUGGUUAAUUUAGAAAUAGAGUAAAAUAUUGAAAAAUAGAAAGUAGUAUAUGUGCUGGCAAACAUAUAAUAGCUUAAAUAGAUUUUAACAUCCAUGCAAAGGAGUUUGUUAUUGAGAAACAAAAGUCUGUAAAAAUAACUACGUAGAUGGCAGCUGCAAGGACAUUCAUGAAGUAAAGCUGAAACAUCAAGCAAAAAACACAAAUAAGCGCUGGAACACUGCGUUUCAGAUAGCUGAGUUUCCUUGAACCACCAAGCUUAAAGAAAGGACAAAUCAUAAAUUAGAAGAACAAAGCAAGAACUGUUUUACAUCAGACUCUGGAAAUAUACCAGAUCUUCUGGUAUAAAUGUAACUAUACAUAAACAGAUGUUGGGAAUUUGCUAUAGAGAGCUAACAGCAUAUGUGUUGCAUGUUUGUAGAACCAAAAGUUAAAUGUAACAGAAAUGUCGCACUAACUAAAGUAGUUUACUGAA